GACACAGCUGUCCGCUAAAAGAAAUAAUAAACCAGGCUAAGCUAGCAAGAGACAGGCAGAGAGUUAGCAGAGCGGAGAGCAGCGAUACAGUGACUGUAAACUCGGGAGGACAGCGAACACUGGACAGCAGCGAGUCUUUCACUUCUAAGCAAUGAGACAUUUGAGUGUCGCAGCUAGCUAACGAUAGCACUGCCCGUCCCGACUGACAGGGAUUUGAUCUAUAUGACACGACCGGAGCGACCAUAAAUAACAGGCGACAUCAAACGGGGAAAGGGUUAGCUCGGUUUCAAUGUUAUUGUCAAUUAAAAACCACAUUUGCUCACAAUGUCCUACUCUGGAAACCUGGUUUGGGAUGUAAAUAAACGCUUAAUUGGAUACAACGAGCCUAACACCAUCAGGACCAACUACUUAGGUAGAAGAGAGUUUGUCCAGAGGCUGAAACUUGAAGGGACACUGAAUGUACACGAUGGCUGCGUCAACACUAUUUCCUGGAAUGACACGGGGGAAUACAUCCUGUCAGGGUCAGAUGACACGUUUCUGGUCAUCACCAACCCCUACAACAAAAAGGUCAAGAAGUCAAUACGUUCAGGUCAUCGGGCAAACAUCUUCAGCGCUAAGUUCAUGCCCCACACCAACGGUCAGGAGAUCAUCUCGUGCUCAGGCGACGGCAUCAUCUACUACACACACACUGAGAAGAGUCCAGAGUACAACAGACAGUGUCAGUUCACCUGCCAUUAUGGGACAGCCUACGAGAUUAUGACGGUACCAAACGACCCCUACACAUUUCUGUCGUGUGGGGAGGACGGCACGGUGCGGUGGUUCGACCUUCGCAUGAAAACGAGCUGCACAAAAGAAGACUGCAAAGACGACAUCCUGAUAAACUGUCGGAGAGCAGCGACUUCGAUAUCCAUCUCCCCCCUGGUGCCGUACUACCUGGCCGUGGGAUGCUCAGACAGCUCAGUGCGAAUCUACGACAGACGCAUGUUGGGCACCAGAGCGACGGGUAACUACAUGGGCCGGGGGACAACGGGUAUGUGCGUGAGGUUCGUUCCCGCUCACCUGUCCAACAAGUCGUGCCGGGUGACUUCUCUCUGUUACAGCGAGGAUGGUCAGGAGGUUCUGGUCAGCUACUCCUCUGAUUACAUCUACCUGUUUGAUCCCAAAGACGACCAGGCCAGAGAGCUGAAGGGUCCGUCUGAGGAGAGGAGGGAGGAGCUGAGGCAGCCUCCAGUGAAGCGCCUUCGUCUGCGAGGUGACUGGUCUGACACGGGACCCCGAGCUCGCCCUGAGAGCGAGAGGGAGAGAGACGGAGAGCAGAGUCCGAACGUGUCUCUGAUGCAGAGGAUGUCAGACAUGCUGUCCCGGUGGUUUGAAGAGGCCAGUGAAGCUCAGAGCAGCAACAGAGGAGCUCGGCCUCAGACACGGCCCAGAGGAACAGCUGCUCGUCCAGAAGGGCCAUCGAGUACUCCAGCUGCCCCCGCAGGAGACUCCACACAGGAGUCCAGCACCCCUGAGAGGCCUGCAGGGUCAGCCGCCUCAGAGGAACCCCCCGGUCCCGGCGCUGCCGCCGCCAUGCCUAAAUCCACUUCCUCUUCCUCCUCAGGGUCAUCAUCAACUGUCACAGCUCCUCCCCCUUCCAGCUCCUCGUCAGUAGAGAGUUCGGCCCCUUCGACCUCUCCUGUCACUUCCUCACCGGAUUCAGAGCAGAGGAGUCAGGCUGAGAGCGCAGAGACCCCGACACCAACGCCCACACCCACAUCCACCUCAGAGCCUGCUCUGUCAGAUUCCCCCUCGUCUGUGGUAAACAAACAGCUGGGAUCCAUGACUCUUGAUGAACAGCAGGGAGCAGCAGAAGCUGCAAGUUCCUCUACUGAUCAGCCUGUUUCUGUACAAGUCAGCAGCAUUGCUCCUACCACCUCCACCUCCAUCUCCACCUCCUCCAUGCCCAGCACCAGUCGGUCCAGUGCAGCAGAGCCAGUCCUCAGCCUGCACUACAGCUCAGAGGGAACCACCACCAGCACCAUCAAGCUGGACUUUACAGAUGAGUGGAGCAGCAGCACAUCCAGCUCUCUGGGCAGCGGAGGACCCAAAACAUCAGAGACUGUGACUGUACAGAGCAAAGAGAGUGUGUCUACAGAGACUUCAGUGUCAGAGCAAGCUCGCCAAGAGUCUUCAGGGCCAAAGAGUGUGCCUGCCACCUCCACAGAGCCACCCUGUGACGCUUCCUGCUCCAGUGCUCAAAGCAGCUCGUCAACUCAGGCCCCAGCAGCGAGCUCCUCGGGAGGCAGCAGCACCGCAGCAGCUUCAUCACAAGAGAGGAGCCAGUCUGAAGGUACAGAGGACACCUCAGGGGGCUGCAGGAGAGCGGAGCCCACAGCCAGGGAGGAGGAAGGAGGGGAGGGCCAGAGCCAGAGCCAGAGCCAGCCUGCACGAGCACACCAGGACUCUGAUGACAGCGAUGAUGAUCCCAUUCUCAUCCCAUCAGCCAGGUUCAGAGGACAGGGACAAAGGCGCUCAGCAGCCGCUCGGAUCCAGGAGCUGUUUCGCAGGAGGAAAGAGAGGAGGGAGAUGGAGGAGAGCGAGACGCAGAAUAUCAGGAGACCUUCAGUCAAAAUGGUCUACAAGGGCCAUCGCAACUCAAGGACAAUGAUAAAGGAGUCCUGUUUUUGGGGCAACAACUUUGUGAUGAGUGGCUCAGACUGUGGUCACAUCUUCAUCUGGGACAGACACACGGGGGAGCACCUCAUGCUGCUGGAAGCUGACAACCAUGUAGUGAACUGUCUGCAGCCACACCCCUACGACCCCAUUCUAGCUUCUUCAGGGAUAGACUAUGACAUCAAGAUUUGGUCACCACUCGAACAGUCGCCAUCUUUCAACAGAGUCCUCGCCAAUGAGGUAAUAACUCGAAACGAGCUGAUGCUCGAGGAAACCAGAAAUACAAUCACAGUCCCGGCCUCGUUCAUGCUCCGAAUGUUGGCCUCCCUCAAUCACAUCAGAUCAGAUCGAAUAGAAGGUGAUCGCUCUGAAGGUUCGGGCCAGGAAAACGAGGACGAGCAGUAGUCUGCUGGCAUUUUGUUUUAAAGAAGACAUUAUUUCUUUUUGCUGUAUAGCACUUGGAAAAAAAACCUGAGAUUUGUACAAGUAUAGUGUAGAAUACUUCCUUUUGAAAAAUUAGUGUUAUUUCUAGCCCCCUUGUGUUUUUUAAGACAACUUUCUUACUGAUGUUUCUGUAUGAGGAUAAACUACAUCUGUGUGAAUGGAAAAAGCAAGGACGUCAGUAUAUAUAUAUAUACAUAUAUAUAUAUAUAUAUAUUAAGUGUGAGAAUAAUGGCGGCUUGUGUGCAAGGAUGUUAAGUGCAAUAUUAUUUUGUUAGGAGAAAGUGAGCUUUGAUCAGUGUUAACGUGUGAUAUUAUGAAUUUGUAGCACAAAGCUAAGAGAUGUGGAUGUGCUGCUUAGGGCAGUUGGGCAUGUUAACGAGGACUUUAAGUAAAACAUGCUUUGAGGAUGCUUUAAUUUUAUCAUGGAGGAAAGAAAACGGGACAAAGCUGUGGUUUCUCUCCUCAAAGGAACUUGUCAACAAGUUAUAAUCUUUACAGAACAGUGGAAAAAAAUAAAGCUAUGGCAUCUCACAGAUGUCUGCACUUGAGCUUGAAAGAUACAAGUUUGAGGAGUCUGUGCAUCAAGACAACAAAUUCACUGAAAAUCACUGCAGAAAUAAAAAACAAGCUGUACUA